AUGAGAACACCGAAGGAACACCACGCCCUCCAAGAGAAUUUGGACACGUUACACCACUCGGCUGAUGCCUGGGAACUUCCAGUGAAUUCAUCGAAAUGCACUCAUAUGCGCCUGGGACGGGAAACACCGGAUAUUCCUUAUCUGAUGAACAACGUCCCACUGCGUUCAACGACUACCGAGAGGAAGACCCAGAUGAACACCGGGCGAGCAUGUUCUGCGGCAAGGAGCAUGCUAGGUGCCAUCCGUCGGUCGUUUGACGGCCUGUCGUUCACGGCCUUCAAGAAGUUCUUCGCCUCCUAUGUUCGCUCCCGGCUUGAAUACGGUGGACCCUCCUUAUACCCCUGCGUGCUUUCCGAAAUGGCCAACUUGUAA